UAGGUAUUAUGAAAUAGACGCCACCUGUGUGGGAUUUCUCUGGCGAGAGUUUCAGUUCUGUCAAAAUGGCGCUCAAAGCACAAGUCGGUCAAAAAAUCAUGAAUGAAGUUAUCAAGCAGAAGAUUAACAAAAAAGCUUCUGCUGGUGGCGGUGGUGGUGCUGCUGUUGGUGCUGGUGCUGGUGCUAAUGUUGAAUGGAGAAUCCUCGUCGUAGAUCAAUUAGCCAUGAGAAUGGUAUCAGCAUGUUGCAAAAUGCAUGAUAUAAGUGCUCAAGGAAUUACAUUAGUAGAAGAUAUCAAUAAGAAACGAGAGCCUUUACCAUCAAUGGAAGCUAUUUAUCUUAUUACUCCUUGCAAUGGCUCGGUGCAAAAACUUAUUGAUGACUUCAGUAAUCCAUCUAGAACUAUUUAUAAAGCUGCCCACGUAUAUUUCACUGAAGCAUGUCCUGAUGAUUUAUUUAACAAUUUACGCCAAUCGAUGGUAAAAAAAUACAUUAGAACUUUAAAGGAAAUCAACAUAGCAUUUAUACCGUAUGAAGAGCAGGUUUUUUCUCUGGAUUCACGUGAAACGUUUCAAUGCUUUUACAAUCCAUCAUUUAUAAAUGCUCGAAAUGCAAAUAUGGAACGCAGUGCUGAACAAAUAGCAACACUUUGUGCUACUCUUGGUGAAUAUCCAUCAGUAAGAUAUCGAAGCGAUUUUGAUCGUAAUGUGGAACUCGCACAAAUGGUACAGCAAAAAUUAGACGCUUAUAAAGCCGAUGAACCAACAAUGGGUGAGGGUCCGGAAAAAUCACGCUCGCAAUUAUUAAUUCUUGAUCGUGGAUUCGACUGCGUUUCGCCUCUAUUGCAUGAACUUACACUCCAAGCUAUGGCGUAUGAUUUACUUGACAUUGAAAAUGAUGUUUAUAGCUAUGAGGCAUCGGCAGGCCAGGGUGAAAAAGAAGUUUUGCUUGACGAAAAUGAUGAACUGUGGGUAGAAUUGAGGCAUCAACAUAUUGCUGUUGUAUCUCAAAAUGUCACAAAGAAUCUUAAGAAAUUUACAGAAUCAAAAAGAAUGCCGCAAGGAGAUAAACAAAGUAUGAGAGAUCUUUCGCAAAUGAUUAAAAAAAUGCCUCAAUAUCAGAAAGAAUUGAGUAAAUAUGCUACUCAUUUACAUUUGGCGGAAGAUUGCAUGAAGCGUUAUCAAGGAAAUGUAGACAAACUUUGUAAGGUUGAACAGGAUUUGGCUAUGGGUACUGAUGCUGAAGGCGAGCGUAUCAAAGAUCAAAUGCGCAACAUUACUCCAGUUUUGUUAGAUCAAACAGUUAACAAUCUAGAUAAAUUGCGUAUUAUUGCCCUAUAUGUAUUAAGUAAAAACGGAAUUAAUGAAGACAAUCUCAAUCGUUUAGUUCAUCAUGCUCAAGUAUCACCAGACGACAAACAAACCAUUAUGAAUAUGGCAAGCUUAGGCAUCAAUGUUGACGGUAAAGGACGUAAACCAUACACAGUUCCACGGAAAGAAAGAAUUACUGAACAAACUUACCAAAUGAGUCGUUGGACACCAGUUGUUAAAGAUAUUAUGGAGGAUUCUAUUGAAGAUAGAUUAGAUACUAAACAUUUUCCAUUUUUAGCCGGGCGUGCUGUUAGUUCUGGAUAUCAUGCUCCAACGAGCGCACGUUAUGGACACUGGCAUAAAGAUAAAGGACAGCAGACUAUUAAAAAUGUACCACGUUUAAUAGUCUUUAUCGUUGGUGGAGUAUGUUUUUCUGAAAUUCGAUGUGCAUAUGAAGUAACGAAUGCUAUGAAAAAUUGGGAAGUCAUAAUUGGAUCAUCUCAUAUUAUCACACCAAAAUCUUUUCUAUCGGAUUUGAGUAAAGUCCACAUCUAAAUCUAAUUGACUGAUUUUAUCUACAACUUUAUGAUGACAUAGAUUACAUAUUGUGUACUAAUAAUUUCAGUGGAAUCAGUAAUAUUAAUAAAAUUUUUUAUUUAUUUUUAAUGUAUUCUGGAGAACGUAAAAAAUUGGAAACGAAAAAAUUGAUUGGAUUUUCGACAAAUGUGUCAAGUGCCUGCAUGAGAUACUUUGAAGAAUUAUUUAUUAAUAUUACUAAUACCACUUGAGAUUAAUAGUAAUAGUAUAUGUUCAACAAUAAAUAGUAAUUCUUAUCAUAAGCAAUAGAAAAAAGUUAAAUAAUAAUAAUAAAAAAUAUAUAAAUAUAUCAUAUGUUUCAGUCACGUCCAAUAGUCUAACUUUUAUUUUACAUUAGUCAUGGACGUGAUGAUUGUAUAAAAAUUAAUAAUUGUUACUUAUAUUUUUGUGUUCUUAUUAAUUAUUUAAAUAUUUUUUUGCAUAUAAAGGAGAAGAAAAAAAACUUAAGUAAUCAUUAAAUGAAUUAUUCAAAUUUAUAGAUUAAAAAUAGGUAAAAAUGAUGAGCGCGAAUGCAAUAUUGUUAGAUAAAAAAAUUAUAAUAUCUAUCAAAUUAAUCAAAUUUUACAAUUUAAAUUAUUCUAAAAUUUUCUAUAUCCUGACCACCUUUUUUUCACCAAUAAUCAAAAAAUAGAAGCUUUUAAUUUUCAGAAUCAGAAAUAGUUGGAAAAAAAAAAAAAAAAAAAAAAAGAAAUUCUGAAAGUAAAAUUAACUUGUCAUCAAAAAUAAGUUUAUAACAUUAUUAGAUUUUUGAGAUUCAAUAAUGAAGUUGACUAACCAUUAAUAUAAUAAUGAAAUAUCUUUAUUAAAUUAUUAAAGCUAUGCGUAUAGUCAUUCCGUACAAGCACUCAUCACAUAAAUGAAAUAAGAAAAAAAAAUCUAUCAACUAUGCAAUGAAAAACAAAAUUAUUAUAUUUUCCAUUAUUAAAAAAAUUACUAUCUUCAUUAUAAUGCAUAAUCUGUAGUAUCACUACAAUGCUUUCAAUCUGUAUACACUGAUCAAUUUUAGAUUUUUAUUGUUCGCUAAUUAAAAAUAUAAAUAUUACAAUAUAUAUAUCCGUUGAAUAGCAACAGUUAAAGAUCUAUUGAAAUAAUUAUAAAAAUGCAACUUAGAAUAUUUAUAUAAUUAGUUAUUAUAAAUGUGUAUUUAUAUUAUGUUAAUCCAAAGAAAGUGUUCUGCUUAAAAUGGCCUAUACAUUGUAGGGUUUAAAGAAAUCAGUUAAUUAAAUUAUAUGUGUUGUUAA